AGCUGCCAAUUUUCCAACAAAAUUCCAAAAGCAAAUCUGUUGCUCACUCUCACUCCAUUUCUCUUCUUUUGCUUUCUUUCCUUUCUUCAUUCAUGCCCUCACUUCUCUCCAAAUCAUUUCUCUUUCUCCCUAAAACCCCCCUUCCUUCCGUUGCCAACUUCUCUUCCAGGUCCAGGAUGUCCACCGUCACCGCCUCCCCCAAAGCGCGCCUUCGCGGCGUCGUUUUUGACAUGGAUGGAACCCUAACGGUUCCCGUCAUCGACUUCGCCGCAAUGUACAAGUCCGUUCUGGGAGAAGAGGAGUACACACGAGUUAAAGCGGAGAGCCCCACUGGCAUCGAUAUUUUGCACCAUAUUGAGAAAUGGAGCCCCGAUAAACAGCGCCAAGCGUACCAAAUUGUCGCCGAUUUUGAACGCCAGGGCCUUGACCGCCUCCAAAUUAUGCCCGGUGCAGCACAGCUUUGUGGGUUUCUUGAUUCAAAGAAAAUAAGAAGGGGAUUGAUAACUCGCAAUUUUAAGGAAGCAGUUGAUAUAUUUCAUCAGCAGUUUGGGGUAACAUUUUCUCCUGCACUAAGCAGGGAGUUUCGUCCUUAUAAACCAGAUCCAGCUCCGCUACUACAUAUUUGUUCAACAUGGGGAGUUCAACCCAAUGAAGUCAUGAUGGUUGGGGAUAGCCUGAAAGAUGAUAUUGUUUGUGGGAAAAGAGCAGGAGCAUUCACAUGCUUGCUUGAUGAAUCAGGGAGGUAUAGUAUCACUGAUUUUGCCAAGUUGGAUGCACAACCAGAUUUCAAGGUGUCUUCUCUCACUGAGGUUUACUCGCUAUUAGAAGCAAAUUUUGACCUGACACCAUGAUUUCCAACUCUGUGAAUAAACUCUAUCCUGGGAAGAUGUAGACUAGGAGUUCUGAUAUUUUGUUUGUCAAUGGUCCCUUGUAUUGUCCAUUAAGUGUAACACCUUUCACCCACAAUGAGCUUUGAAGUAUAACCUCUGGUCAAAAUUUGCUUACAAUAAAGAGUAAACCUUAGUACACAGAGAGCUACGGGAAUUUCAGAAAUUCAUUCUAAUAUGCAAAUUCUGUUCCCAGAAUAGGGGUAUUAACUUUUUGGUUUGUGACGGGAUUUGCUGGACAUUACCAAGAAAUAUAUUUUUGUGGCUAAGAAUUAGGAGUUAUAGGUAAGUUUUGUCAAUUUUGUAUUAUAUGUCAAUUUCCAUACACGAAUGAUCCUCAGUUAGGCAAGCAAAACCAUUGUUGUAUAUGGCUAUAUGCUGCUUGUGUAAAAGAGUUUUAUCGAUUUUCAUUUUGAAUGAAA